CACGAUAUACUUCAAGCGCACAUAUAUUAUAUAUAUAUGCAUAUGUAUGAAUAUAUGUAUGUACAUAUAUAUGUAUAUUAUGGACAUUAAACACUGAGUACAGAGGGGAGAGACAGGGAGAGACGGGGAGAGACGAGAAGAAAAAAAUCAACACACUCAUAUAUUAUUUAUAUAAAUAAAUAGAUAUAUAUUAGAUAGUUAAGGGAAUAUAAAAAAUAUAAAUAUUGUUAGUAUUGUAGAUAUUUAUUGGUGGGUAAAGAGAAAAGGAGAGAGAGAGAGAGAGAGAGAGGAUGACAAGUUGUGUUGAUUUGGAGUAAGUGGCUGGCUCUAGUAGUUGGACUGCAAGUUAACUCAAGAGUGUGUGUUCUCGUCGAGCAUAUUCGUGUGGUAGUAGUCAUAGUCGUCGACGUCGUUAUCGUCGUGAUCGUUUACGUUGUCAAGUUUUGUCAGUCAGUAGUGCGAUUUCUUCGUGCGCGCAUCAUCAGUGCAACAGCGCGGGAGACACUAGAUUACUUUUUUUUAUUGCAACAAGAAUAACAGCAACAAGACGAGAUGGCGGAUGAAAAUGACACGUGCGAGGACUCAAUGGGUCCUGGGGAUGCAACAACAGCUUUUGCAAAACGGCUAAGGGGUCGCAAAGGUGCGCUGAAGAAAAAAAAUGUUUACAUGAUAAAGGAUCACAGUUUCAUGCCCCGGUUUUUUAAACAACCGACUUUUUGCAGUCAUUGUAAAGAUUUUAUAUGGGGCUUCGGAAAACAGGGAUACCAGUGCCAAGUUUGUAGUUUUGUAGUUCAUAAACGGUGCCAUGAAUAUGUUUCAUUUACGUGUCCUGGUGCUGACAAAGGAGCUGACUCUGAUGCGGCUAAAACAGCACACAAAUGGGAUGUUUUCACAUACUUGACGCCGACUUUCUGCGAUCAUUGCGGCUCGAUGCUUCAUGGUAUAGCACAUCAAGGGCUCAAGUGUUCAGCAUGUGACAUGAACGUCCAUAAAAGAUGUGAAGAGAGUGUACCAAAUCUUUGCGGAUGCGAUCACACAGAAAGACGUGGGCGUAUUGCAUUGCAUAUCACUUGUAUUGCAAACAAACUCACUAUUGAAGUUCAGCGAGGAAGAAAUCUCAUUCCAAUGGAUCCCAACGGAUUAUCAGAUCCUUAUGUAAAGCUUAAAUUAAUUCCAGACACGGAUGGAGUUAAAAAAAAAACAAAGACAAUCAAAUCAUCUUUAAACCCCGAGUGGAAUGAGACAAUCACUUUUGAUCUUAAAGCCGAGGAUAAGGAUAGAAGGCUUCUAAUAGAAGUUUGGGAUUGGGAUAGAACGUCGAGGAAUGAUUUCAUGGGUUCAUUGUCCUUCGGUAUUUCGGAAUUAAUAAAAGCUCCAGCCAAUGGAUGGUAUAAGCUCCUUACGCAAGAAGAGGGUGAAUUUUACAAUGUCCCGGUCCCUGAAGAAGGGGUGGAUCUGGCUGAGCUUAAAUUAAAAAUGAGGAAAACUUCAGUGACGAAGAAAACGCCAACGCCUCAAGAUAAAGAUGUACCUCACAAUAUGGGUAAAAGUGAUUUAAUAAGAGCGUCUGAUUUCAAUUUUCUUAUGGUACUUGGAAAAGGAAGUUUUGGCAAAGUUUUACUCGCAGAACGUAAAGGUACGGACGAGUUGUACGCGAUUAAAAUAUUAAAGAAAGAUAUUAUAAUUCAAGACGACGAUGUUGAGUGUACGAUGGUAGAGAAACGUGUUCUUGCACUGUCUCACAAGCCACCAUUUCUUGUACAACUUCAUUCCUGUUUUCAAACUAUGGACCGGUUAUAUUUUGUUAUGGAAUAUGUAAACGGCGGUGAUCUUAUGUUUCAAAUUCAACAGUGUGGAAAAUUCAAAGAACCUGUAGCAGUAUUUUACGCAUCUGAAAUAGCGAUCGGACUAUUCUUCCUUCAUUCCCGUGGAAUAGUUUACCGUGAUUUAAAAUUAGACAAUGUCCUGCUGGAUCAGGAUGGUCAUAUUAAAAUAGCUGAUUUUGGAAUGUGCAAAGAGGGAAUCACUGGUGAUAGAACGACCAAAACAUUUUGUGGAACACCUGAUUACAUUGCACCUGAGAUAAUUCUUUACCAACCUUAUGGAAAAUCUGUCGAUUGGUGGGCGUACGGUGUAUUGUUGUACGAAAUGUUGGUAGGACAGCCUCCAUUCGAUGGUGAAGAUGAAGAAGAAUUAUUUGCGGCCAUUACUGAUCAUAGUGUUAAUUAUCCUAAGAGCUUAUCCAAAGAAUCAAAAGAAGCUUGCAAAGGCUUUUUAACAAAAAAUCCAAGCAAAAGGUUAGGAUGUGGACUUCGUGGUGAAGAUGAUGUAAGAGGUCAUGCAUUUUUCCGUCGAAUUGAUUGGGAAAGAAUCGAAAAUCGUGAAGUUCAGCCUCCAUUUAAACCAAAAAUCAAACACAGAAAAGACGUCAGCAAUUUCGACAAACAAUUUACGUCCGAAAAAACAGAUCUCACACCAACAGACAAACUUUUCAUGAUGAAUUUGGAUCAAACAGAAUUUAUGGGCUUUUCGUAUUUAAAUCCCGAGUAUAUUCAACAUAUAUAAAUAUAUUAAUAUUUUACUGAAUUUAAAAAAAAGCUGAACAAUCACCAUUAUGGUUAUUAUUACUAAUUAAUAAUUAAUAAUUAAUGAUAAUUAAAAAUAUAUAAAAUAAUAGUAUUAAUAAUUAUAAUCUAUAAGUCAUGUAGGUGACUAUCAUCGCGUCGUUAACCCCAAAUUAUAUUUCUCAAUAUAUAUAUAAAUAUUUUAUUAUCUAAUCAAACAUUUUGUCAUUUGCAACAUUUUAUUUUUGCUCUUAAUCUUUCGCUCACCCGGAAUUAAAAUGGCUGCUUUCUAUCAGCGAUUCUAAAUUCAAAUAAAUAAACCUGUGGUAAUUUUAAUCAUACAGAAAUAAAUAUUUAGACAAUGAAAAAAAAAAAAAACAAAAAACAAAAACUAACAGAUCGAUUUUAUAAAAAUUACAAGACUAAAAAAAUUCAAAAAUUUUGAAAAAAAUGCAUUAAAAAAUUUCUGAAUUCAAUUUGGAAAAAAAUGCAUUUAAAAUUUUUUGAAUUUGAAAAAAAUUUGAAAAAAAAAAUGCUAGAAAAAAUUAUUGGAAAAAAAUGCAACAAAAAAAUUUUGAAAAAAAUGCAUCUAGAAGUUUUUGAAUUGAAUUUGAAAAAAAAAUGCUACAAAAAAUUAUUGAAAAAAAACACAUUUGCUUAUAUAUUUUUGUUUUAUCAAAAUCUAUCAAAAAAAUGUAUAGUUCAGUAUUGAAUUUAAAAAUAAUGAUAAUAAUAAAUUCCAAUAAUGCAGAGUGAAUUUUCCGAUAGCUAAUUAAUUUUAAAUAUCCAUAUAU